AUUCAAUUAAAUUAUAAUUUAAUUAUCGCAGAAUCGUGUACUAUGGUGAUCAUGAUCGCAAAAUUUUUAAAUGUUUCUAAAUAAAGAUUUUCGGGAUUAGUUAAAAUAAAAAAUAAUAAUAAUUUAAAUGUUCAUGCAAUUAUUUAUUAGUGCAGUACUUGCAACCCUGAUAGUGAUUGAAGUUUUUCCGUUUUGUGACCGCAAUUCGGUUCAAGUUACAGUAGAAUAAUAAAUACAUACAUAUAUUAAAAAUUAAACCGCAAUUAAUUAUAUAAAAAUGUUAAAAAAAAUGAAAUUAAGUUGUAAAAAUUGUUAUAAAGUGAAAAUGUGGUCAAUCGUAAAGUGAAACUGAUUAUUAGUUUUACAAGUUCAUUGAAAAGUUGUGGAACUUAAAAAUUUAUCGUGCUUUCGAAUUUUAAUUUUUUGUGAUAACAAAUCUUUGUGGGCAGCAGCACCAUAUAUGUCAGCUGUAAUUAGGCACGAAAUCCAUACUUCGCUUCGUUAUUUCUCUACAUUUUAUUUAUAUAAACAUUCAUAAACAUGAUGGAGCCGAGUUUUGAUGGUUGGGACUUUGCCGUACUGAUUACAGUACUGUCGAUUUCGACUUCGAUUGGCAUUUACUAUCGCUAUACGGGCGGAAAGCAGAAAACAAUCAAAGAAUACCUCCUGGCCGAUCAGAGUAUGUCCACAUUUCCGGUUGCUGUGAGCUUAAUGGCGAGUUUUAUGUCGUCUAUCUCAUUACUCGGUAUAUCCAACGAGAGUUAUCAAUUUGGCACCAUGUUUUGUAUAAUCAAUUUGUCGUACAUCAUAAGCACACCGAUUAUAGCAUAUUUAUUCCUACCGGUCUUCUAUCGCAUGCGCACCAUGAGCGUUUAUGAAUACUUGGAACGUCGUUUUGGUCACUCAACACGUCUCGCCGCUUCGAUUGCCUACUCAAUGCAGAUGAUACUUUACACGGGCAUAGUACUUUAUGCGCCAGCGUUAGCCCUGGAAGCUGUUACCGGUGUGAGCAAAGUUACCGCGAUAUCAGCUAUUGGUUUAAUUUGUACCUUCUAUUCGACUAUUGGUGGCCUAAAAGCUGUACUGAUAACCGAUGUCUUUCAAUCGCUUUUAAUGUUCGCUGCCAUUUACGCAGUAAUCGUCGUGUCGGCAAUCAAAGCUGGUGGUCUGGCGCCAAUUUGGCAGAUAGCUGAGGAGCGUAAUCGUAUAUAUUUCACGGACUUUUCUUUGGAUCCCACUGUGCGACAUAGUUGGUUGAGUCUCAUUAUUGGUGGUAUGGUGAUAUAUAUGUCAGUGAAUGCUGUCAAUCAGGUGCAAGUGCAACGGUUAUUAAGUGUACGUAAUUUGAAGAGCGCCCAGGCGGCAAUAUGGUGGAAUGUACCUAUUCUGAGCGCACUAAGCCUGAGCACAUUGUUCAGUGGUUUAGCGAUAUUUCACUAUUAUAAAGAUUGUGAUCCCCUGCUGGAGGGUAGAAUAGAAUCAAGAGAUCAACUGAUGCCUUUAUUUGCGGUGGAUACAAUGGGUCAAUAUCCUGGUUUAUGUGGUCUCUUCGUGUCAGGCAUAUUUUCCGCCAGUCUUUCAAGCGUUUCAUCAGCGGUCAGCUCACUAUCGACUGUAACACUAGAGGACUACAUCAAACCAUUAUAUAAAUACAUUAUGAAAACACCGUUACAAGAAACAGAAUCAACACUGCCGAGUAAAAUUAUGGCCUGCAUUUACGGGAUAGUCUGCAUCGGUAUGGCUUUCACAGCUAGUUCUAUGGGCGGAGUCCUACAGGCAUCUCUCACUAUUUUCGGCGUAGUGGGUGGACCAUUGUUGGCACUCUUCACACUCGGCUUAUUUACAACGCGUGCGAAUCAACGUGGCGUCCUUUUGGGCCUACUAAUCGGUUUGAUAUUCUCCUUCAUUAUCGGUUUCGGCGGUCCGAAACAACCGCCAACUACCUUAGAUUUUAAAGAUGACGGUUGCUCAGCUGCUGGUAAUAUGACUUUGGUUGCCGAGGCCCUUACUCAGGCGUUCAAUAUGACAACCGCGCAACCAACAACAGCGUCGCCUCCAAUUGAAUAUAACUGGUUCUUUAGAUUGUCUUAUAUGUGGUAUUGCGUAAUUGGUUUUUUGAUUACACUAAUUGGUGGUUAUGUUUUAAGUUUGCUAUUGGAGGCUCUAAAAUGGGCUGACAAUAAGCAAAUCUAUCUGGAUCAUCAACAAAUCGAUGUCGACUUAUUCGUACCACCACUGGCGCGAAGAUUAAGACGGCACGACGCUGAGGAAUUGACAAAGUUCCAAGGUGCCUAGGAAAAAGCGUAUUGUGAUGUUCAGUUUUAUGUUGAAUAUGUCACUCAUUUAAUUAGAAUAUCUCUAUUUUAAUUUAAUUAAUUAAUUGACUUGUAAAUUUCGUACUUUCUUCUUUGCAUUUAUUUAUAAGGAAGUAGAGCCAAACUAACUGUUAGCUGAAAUUAUAAUAAUUUUAUAGGUUUAUAUAUACUGCAAAAAUACUUAAUAGCUACAAAGGCUAAAAUAUUUACUUUUUACUUAAUAAAAUAAUCUAGUUUAUUUGUCAAUUUUAAGCACUUUACUAAUGAAUGUAAAAUAUAAUAAUAUUUGAGUUUAUACUUCACUCAGGAAAAUGUUACUAUUUUUAGUGUUUUAUUAUUAACGAAACGAAAAACAACCCGGAAAUAAAUAUAUUCCAAACAA